GUGUUAAAAGAAACAAAAGUUUAAGGUUUUAUAGUAAGUGUUUUCCGCUGUAGAGACACUUUACAAUUUGCGCCAACACUGUGAAGAAAGCCACGGUCAACUUUCACAUUGCAUAAGAAAAUUUACGCAAGUAACUCUUCAAUCACUUCAGACAAUCUAAAAUGGCUGAAACAGAAGAAUUGGAAGAAAUAUUCACCCUUUUUGACCGAAAGGGGGACGGAAGCAUUGAAAUUGCCCAGAUCAAGGAUGUUCUACGCUCGGCCGGCUUGAAUCCACAAGGAGUAGACUUGGAAAAGCUCGAGGCCGACUACAAAUCCAAGGACUCAGUCCAGUUUCCGGAAUUCUGCGCCAUUUACAAAGAAAUGAAAGCGAAGCCACAGCCAGUUAUGGAGGACUUUAUGGAGUUCUUCAGCACUUUUGAUCGCGAGAAGAGUGGCCUAAUCGAUUCGCUACAACUGCGAGCUUUUCUGUGUUUGAAGGGCGAUUCCAGACUGACAGAGGACGAAAUGGAGCUGAUUGUGAAGCCCAUCGAAGACAAGAAGAAGGAGGUUGUACCGUACAAAGAUCUGAUCACUCUAGUUAUGAGCGAGCAAACUCCUACGGUGACUCAAGGGUGAACAGUUCUAGUGAAAAACAUUAUAUCUUACUUCGACGGCUUGCUUCCUCUGCUUUCCUCGAGAAGAAAUGGAAAAUACUAUUUGCAUCCUGCUUUGCUGUAUAAAUGUAGGUAUUACUUUUGCACUUUUUCUUGUAGAAACCGGUUAUUGUAGCUGACGUACAGAAAUGAACUUAUACUUGUUAUUUUUGAGAAUAGUUCCAAAGUUAAAAGGACACCUUUGUGCCAAACUAAUUAUCAAAGAAUUCCAAGUUAAUAAAAGAUUUUAAUUUUUA